AUGCUGUUACGAGUGCUGCCUUCAGUCUAUCCCAAAAAGCCGGAUAUCAUCCACCGUCACAUGGGCAGCCUCACUGCAAUGAUGUCCCGCCUGGAAUCCCCAGAGCAGCAGCACCUGAUCAGACUCAUUCAGGUGGUUGCAGAGCAACAUCCACUUAUGUUGAGUCCUAACGUGCCCACGCUCGUCACCUACCUGAGCGAACACUCUCUGACCGAGCCUCUGUUGGGUGCUCUCGUCGACGUAUCACAGGCCAGCCCUUCGUCGCUGGUCAGCUUUCUUCCCACGCUGAGGACAGUGGGACAGCAAUCUACAGCUUUUCUGGGCCAUGUGGCCAAAAUCCAUGGUGCUGUGGGCAUCAUCAGUGAGACUCACGCUCACAGUGCUUUGGUCUACCUGGUGUCCCUUCUGGACAGCAUGGAGCACAGCUUUCACCACACCCUGCUGCUGGAGAUCGGAGCUCUAACGGACCGCUAUCCAUCUUUAUUGGGCGGCUGUGGGAAAGAUAUCUACAGGAUGAGCAACUCAUUUACUGUUAUAGCCCGACUCCUGGGAAGGCGACUAGAGGACAAAAUGGCCACUCAAUGCAGGGUUGAUGAAGCAUGCCCUUCUCCCAGCGCAUCUCUUCCUACUGGUAGGGGAGGAGGGGUUUCAGAGACCCACCUACAGGUGAAGAUCCAGAGUUUUGAGGAGAAAAUGGGGGAGGAGCAGGUGGUGCUGGAGGGCUCACCUCCUCCCCAGCGACGCUACAGCCUCAGCCAAGCGGUCAGAGAGGAGAGGCGCGAGAUGAGGUUCAACAGGUCAAAGAGCCUGGCUCUCCAUAUUUUGCGCUCCCGCUCCAUCAACUCGGACACGGGGGAGGAAGGUGACGUGGCCGAGGCCAGCCCCGACAGCUGCUUAUGCAAUGCUUUGCCUGAUCAGAGCUCAGAAAGCCAGGAAGUAUCACCUGCUGAAAGGAGACUGACAGACUCUAGUCGAGGCUGUGUGGCCAAGCUUUCGUUCUCCUGCCCUCUGAAGGGCCACUACUGCCUGUACGCUAAAUCCUGUUUCAACCUGACAAGCCGACAACCCCACCUUUGGAUUCACAUCAUGCUAUUGCAUCUACAGAGUAAGUCCAGCGUUCCUCUGUGCACCAGAGACAAGUGUGUCCAAAGACUGGCUUCCCUUUGGGAGAGGACACAGCUGAAAGGAUCUCACAGCUUUUCUAUGGCCAUGACACAACACACCACCCCACACAGGAAGGACCUGGAUAACCUUCAGAUCCAGCUGGAAGAGGUGCGUUUCUUCGACUUGUUUGGCUACAGCGAAGAGGAGGGGUGCUGGCUCUGCUUCAUGUGUAACAACCCUGAGAAGGCCACAGUUGUGAACCAAGAGGGACAGCCUCUGAUUGAAGGGAAGCUGAAAGAGAAGCAGGUCCGAUGGAAGUUCAUUAAGCGCUGGAAGACCCGCUACUUCACCUUGGCAGGAAAUCAGCUCCUCUUCCGCAGAGGCAAAUCGAAAGAUGAGCUGGAUGACAUCCCUAUCGAGCUGAGCAAAGUGCAGAGUGUCAAGGUUGUAGCCAAGAAGCGAAGGGAUCGGGGUCUGCCUCGGGCCUUCGAGAUCUUCACGGACAGCAAGACCUACGUGCUGAAAGCUCAGGACGAGAAGCACGCUGAGGAGUGGCUGCAGUGCAUCAACGUGGCUGUGGCCCAGGCCAGAGAGAAGGAGAACAGAGAGGCCACCACCUACCUGUGA